AUGACUAGCGUGGCAAGUAUUUCGCGCCGUUGGCUCUGAGGAAACCGAAAUUGUUUUGAUCUUCACCUUAGACUUUUCGCGCGUUAGCCUUUUCAUCGCAGCAUUCCUUCAAAUAUAUAAGCUUAAGAUUAGAUACUUGGUCGAACUCUACAAGGACAGCUUGAAUGUUUAAUGAGUUCAGUAUGUACUCAAGUUUACCAGAUUUAAGCUUACAGCAAUUCGACGAAGAUGGUAUACCUUAUGGUCAAGCAAUAGAAUGGAAAACACCAAGACUACAGUCUAUUAACACACCACCCAGAAGAGGAUCUGAUGGCUUGGUUAGUAGAAACCUCAUGCAAGAUCAGUUAUUCAGUGAGCCAUCAUCACCCAAGUUUUCUGCAGGUGAGCCAUCUUAUCACACAAAAACGUAUUCCAAGCUAAAGGCAGAACGAAAAGCAUCCAAGUUAUCCAAAGAGAGAUACCAAGAAAACAGUAAUAGUGCAACUAGUCUCUCAAUACAACCACAGCAUGUAAUUGAAGAUAGCCCUUUGAGGAAAUGGUCGUCWUAUUCAGGACUUUCUAAUGAUAUCAUUGAUGGACUAAAGWSUGACAGAAGUGCAACAUCCAAUAGCUACCAUGCGUCAAUUGAGAACCUGGCAUAUUCAGGACCAUCAGUCGGUGGUUAUAUCACCUCACAGACGAUUCCUCGUCUUGACCAAGGUACUGGUUCAGGUUCAUCUAUUGCAUAUGUUGCUCCUCUAAGACAAGACCUGACAUCCAAUGAUGGAUAUACCACACCAAAGAGUUCACGAUCUAGAACACCAUCAAGUACAACCAGUACUGAUGAUGCUGAUAAAUGGGAUNUUUCAUUUCAAUGA